AGUUUUCAUUGGAAAAGUAACUUGUCUUCAUCUGAAACAACAUUUGACACUUAAUUUCGUAUUUACUCCUCUCAAAAAUCAUGACUUCACCUGAUAUUAUUGGAAAUUGUGUUGCAGACUUUUUCGAAAAACCCCGCCGAGGUUCAUUUCUCGUAACAAACGUUGCUAGUGACGGUCUCACCGCUGUUGCUGUCACCAAUCCGCAUCGCAGAUGCUCUGCUUUCAGAUUUCAAAUUAUGGACGACGAGUUGGCUGAAGCAAGAGGAGAAGGUUCUGGAAGGAAAAGGGAAUUUCAUUCAAGAACAAAUGCAUUGGAUACGCUAAAAGAGAUUGACCUCAGUGGAAAGACAUAUGCAAUUACUGGAACCACAUCUGGAAUUGGAAUUGAAACUGCAAGAGCUCUUGCUCUUAAAGGAGCUCAUGUUGUAAUGUUCAACAGAAAUAUCGUGGAAUCGGAAAAACUUAAAAAGCGAAUUGAAGAAGAGAAACCUGAUGUGAAAAUUGACUUCAUCUCAUGUGAUCUAAAUUCUCUACAGUCAGCAAAAGCAGCUGCUGAUGAGUUUCUUUCAAAACAUUGGCCACUUCAUGGACUUAUUCUUAAUGCUGGAGUCUUUGCUCCAACUGUCAAAUUCACAUUCGAUAAUUUUGAAUCACAUUUCGGAGUCAACCAUCUUGCCCAAUUUCUUCUUGCCAAAGAGCUCCUUCCGGCUCUUCGACAGUCGUCUCCAGCAAGAAUAGUUUUUGUUUCCUCAGUUUCCAGUAGUCACACUGGUCUGAAAGCAGAGAUGACAAGAAGUGAGAAAUUGAACAAGUUGUGCCCAGAGAAUGCAAAUGAGUUCUACUACAAGCUCUAUGCUUAUUCGAAGAUGUGCCAAGUACUUACUGCGUUUAAAAUUCACAGAGAUGAAUUUGUGAGUCACGGAAUCAGUACCUAUGCAAUUCAUCCAGGAACUAUGAUUGGAACAGGUAUAAUUUUAUUUCAAUUUCACAUCGCGUUGCAUACAAAUUGA